AUGACAAAACCGAUUAAACUUACUGAUCGCGCUGCUUUCCAACGUUUCGUCGACAGAUAUGACACAUUGCUAUUAGAUUGUGAUGGUGUCAUAUGGUCUGCUAAAACGAUUAUUCCCGGCGUUCUCCAAGUGUUAAAGUAUUUUCGAAAGAAAGGCAAACAGCUUUUGUUUGUUACCAAUAAUAGUACAAGGUCACGCGCAAGCAAUCUGAAGAAGCUUCAGACUUUUGGCAUAGAAGCAAGUGAAGAAGAGAUUUUUUCUUCCUCUUAUGCUGCUGCUUAUUAUCUGAGACAUAUGAUUGAUUUUCCAAAAGAGAAAAAAGUCUAUAUAAUCGGCGAGUCAGGCAUCGAAGAUGAACUUAAUUUAAUGGGGAUCAAGAACACGAAAGCCGAUACGGAUAAUGGACCAAUGCAAAAUUGGGAUUUUGCUGAUAUCACUCCAGAUCCAGAGAUUGGUGCUGUGCUUUGUGGGUUCGAUACUUUCAUAAAUUAUAGAAAGAUAGCUAAAGCGUUCUUCUAUCUACGCACUGAUCCGGACUGUUUAUUCCUCUUAACUAAUGAUGACACAACAUUUCCGGCCAACGGAACUGUGUAUCCUGGAUCUGGUUCAUUGUCAUCAUCACUAAUCACCGCGUUAAAUCGUAAACCAGAUAGAGUCAUGGGUAAGCCGAAUAAACCCAUGUUAGAUUGCAUCGUAGAUAAAUACCACUUGAACGUUGAGCGUACGUGUAUGAUUGGUGAUCGUCUGGACACUGAUAUUCAGUUUGGUAUUAAUGGUGGAAUAGAUACUCUUCUUGUACUAACUGGUGUAUCAACAGAGAAGGAAAUACUGGCAGAAGACGCACCUAUACUGCCUGAUUAUUAUGUCGACAGUCUCAGUCUUCUUGAAAUCGUCAAUAACUUGGAAUUGGAACGCGUAUACUCCAAAUUUCAAGGUUAUACAUGGUCACUCUCGAUACUCGAUAAUCCAUUUGGAAAGAUGUUCUAUGACUUGAACAUUCCCUAUCCGGUUCAACACAGUCAGAACCUCGAAUAUGCCCAAAAUGAGCUACGCAAGAGUAUCGAUACACUAGUAAAAUUUGGAUAUCAUAUCGUGGCAUAUAAUAACACAAACACCGGAAAAGUAGCUUCAAAAAAGCCCAAUCCCAUUCAGAAACUGGAUAAUGAGAAAAUAAAGCAAUAUACACGCCUAACUAUACUAAUUGAUGAUCCGGGUCAGAAUUACGGUUUGACAUCGUCGAAUUCCACGAUAUCAUCUUAUGACCUAGUUGCGGUUCAACCGACUAACGAGAAGCUCUUUCAGAUGGCAUGCGGCACUUUUGAUGUGGAUAUUAUAUCACUUGAAAUGGGAAGCCGAUUACCAUUCUAUUUCAAACACACAACAGUGGGAUUGGCUAUCGAUCGAGGCAUUUACUUUGAGAUUUCGUAUGCGCCUGCUAUUCGAGAUUCUGGAAGUCGAAGACAGCUUAUCAGUAAUGCACAGAAUCUAGUAAGAAUAACUCGCGGAAGAAACAUCAUAAUCACCAGCGAUGCACAACGAGCAAUGGAACUUCGAGGACCAUAUGAUAUCAUCAAUUUGGGAACAAUAAUGGGACUGAAUCAAGCCCAAGCUAAAGAUUGUAUUUCGACAAACUGCAGAGCUGUAUUAUUACACGCAAUCACGCGUACAAAGACACAUAAAUCUGUUAUAUCCUAUAAUCCCGUAUCAGAAUUAGAACCGCAUGAAUUGUGGAAAGCGGGCGAUAGUUCGGGAAAGGGCAAGAAAAGGAAGCAGAAGAAGAGAAUAAGGAGCGAUAGUGAUGAGCAGGAGAAAGGGGAGGAGAGUGAAGGUGAUUUAGAAGAUAUGGAAAUUUAA